AUGCGGUCCGCGCAUGAAACUAACGUUUUGGGAUUAUUCUGGAAUUCCUACUUCCCAAACGGUAAAAAGCUUCCAGCAGGAAACGCCAUUAGCACACUUGGCGGGUUGAUGCAUCUAGUUCAAGACAUUUAUACAGCAGAUGACCUUCUGAGAAAGACUAUUAUUGCUUUCUCACUGUCUGCCAUUGGCAUGCGAGAAGAUCCUUCCGGGUGGAUGCGGGAAGAGGGACGCAGACUUUAUGGGGAUGCAUUACGAGGUGCAGUAGUGAUGCUGCAAAGCCCACGUAGGAGACAAGAGGAUGGUUUUCUAAUCGCAAUACGAUUGUUCAGUUUAUACGAGGCGGUAAUUGGCGAUAGCGACGAACAGUCCUUCACUUGGAUGACGCACUGUUCUGGCGAUGCUGCAAUAGUAAAAGACAGAGGCCCGCUUGCUUUUAGAUUGGGCUCUUCUCAUCGGCUUUUUGCUGAUGGAAGGUUGCACUUGAUAAUGACUGCACUUCAAGAGAGGAAAAAGUCAUUUCUUAGUGAUCCGGCUUGGAAGAUGCUGCCCUGGAGCCACAUGCAAAAGACCCCUAAGGACAUUUUACUUGACAUUCUUGUCGAUGUGCCGACCUUGUUCGAGGCUAUCGAUAUCAUGUCCCAUUGCAAAGACCCAAACCAAAAGGCCGACUACCAAGAACGUCUUUAUAUGGAGUACGUAUUUCUCGAGAAGCGUCUGACUCAUUGGGCCAGAGAGUUUGCUUCGGUUUUGAUCACACACGAAAACAAUGCGCUAGUCGAAGACGUGAUCAUGCCUCAAAUUUUGGCUGCAGCUCAUGUUUCAACAUUAUACUGGGUCACGUGCAUAAUUGUCUAUGGGUUAGUAGGGAAAGUCCUUAUGGCGGGCUAUGGAGAAGAACCCUUCAAGGGAAUAUAUGUCGACCCUGGCAUUUUCUGUCAAGACAUCCUUAGGAUAACCCCUUUGUUUCUUCACUUCUCCACCGGCAUUUUUCGUGUUCACCUCGCCACUCCUGCUCUAAGUGUUGUCAUGAUCUAUCUCGGCAGUCUUCCGUCUGGGGAGAUGGAGAAAGAGAAAGCCAUGCUGGCUGGGUACUUGCGAGAUCCGUCAUGUUCCAGUAUGCGCAAGUUUCUUGCGAGUAUGAACCCGGAGGAAUCCACAAAGCUAUGA